AUGGUCAUGCAAUCCUCUCUGCCCUGCCCUGGGGUGGAUAAUUUCACAGGCAAACUCACUCAGCAGCUGCGUGGGGGUGGGGGAUAUUUUUGCUCCAACUCACAAAACUACUCUGCCCCCACCCCUUGCAGGGGUGUUCUGAAGUGCUUGAAGUUUACCUUUUCCCCACUGUUGGGUUUUUGUGAGGGUGAUUUUUGCUUGCAACCAUGGAAGGUCUGGGGUACUGUGGGGAGGGGCUGGGAGGGAAAUAUCCUGUCUCUUGGUGGGGGGACAGGAGGUGCUAAUGGGAGGGUAGGCGUUUGUAGCUCGUAA